AUGCCACGUCGAAUUGACUUUUCGUCGCAAGACACGCUCUCCUUGAAUCGUGAUCCAGAAAUAGUUAUCAAAAGCGAUGAGAAAGAAGCCGAUGAGUAUUUGGUAGUAUUUGACGGUACUGAUGACCAAGAAGAUGCAUCCAGAUUAUCGCGUUUGCACAAAUGGGCAAUAGUUACUAUAAUAUCAUUUGGUUCCUUAUGUGUUACUUGCAUAUCCUCGUCGUGGUCGCUAGCAUCAUCUCAUAUAAUGGAACAUUUCCACAUCAGUCACGAAGUAAGUGUUUUGGGGAUAUCUUUUUUCAUUCUUGGGUUGGGUACAGGUGGGAUCUUUCUCUCGCCAAUUAGUGAAUUCCACGGAAGGAAAAUGGUUUACAUAUUGGGGCUCUCGGUAAUGAUUGCUUUUGAGUUUCUUACAGCAUUUUCCGAGAAUAUAGGUUCAGUAAUCUUUGGAAGAUUUAUGAGCGGGUUUUUUGGACUGAGCUUUAUGAGUGUUGCUUCGGGUUCAUUUUCUGAUCUUUUCAAGUCUCGCAAACUGGAAGGGAAAGAUGCUAAUAAGGAAUUGGCACUAGCAUUGGUAUUGUAUUCUGCAUCUCCUUUUGUUGGACCAGGGAUUGGACCUUUACUUAGUGGAUUCAUUAACACCAAACUAAACUUUAGAUGGACUUUUUAUGUGCUAUUAAUGUGGUCUGGUUUGCUACUAGUCUUGGUGAUAUUGUUUGUACCUGAAACGUACGAACCCAUCAACUUGAAAAGGAAAGCAAAAAGGUUAAGAAAACAAACCGGCAACAACCGGCUUUAUGCUGCAAUAGAGAGAAGCAAAGUAACACUACGUGAAAGUGUUUUGACAAGCUCAAAAAGACCAAUUUUGCUUCUAUGCAGAGACAAUAUGACUUUGGUACUCUGUUUUUAUACGGGGUUCACACUUGCAAUUGUUUACUUGUUCUUUGUGGCAUUUCCCUACAUUUUUGUCACAGUCUACAAUUUCAGUUUAGCAGAACAAGGGAUGUCAUUCUUGGGGUUGAUUACGGCAUGGACUUCCUAUCCACACGUGCACUGGAUUGCGCCAAUUAUUGGGUCAGCUGUAUACGGCGCUGGAACCAUAUUGGUGUUUAAUGGGAUUUUUUCCUAUACAGUUGAGGCUUAUAGACUCUACGCUGCCUCAAGUAUGGCAGCAAACUCGUUUGUCCGGUCAGUCAUGAGCGCUGUGUUCCCGCUCUUUGGAUUGCAAAUGUACCAAAGAUUGGGAAUCCAAUGGGCAACUUCCUUAUUAGCCUGGGUCGCUUGCGCACUAAUACCAAUACCUUUUAUAUUUUUCAAGUAUGGACCACGAUUGAGAGCACAAAGUCCUUAUGCCUGGAGUAUUGAUACAUGA